CUUACGCAUCACGCCUGUUAUAGCGUUGCUUGUUGAUAUUGUUUUGAAUAUUUGUCGAACUGUAAUAUUUUGUAAUUAAUAUUGAAUUCUACGUACUACAGGCACAACGAUUGUGUCUCCCAAUAUUAAAAUUCAUUUUAUAAUUUUAUUUGGUGUUGUGAAUAUGUGUCUAAAUGUAGUAACGAUCUCGUUGCGUGUGGUGGCGUGAUAAUUUUAGCCAUUUCAACAAAUAAGUUGUGCAUCAUUGUAAAUUAUUGAAAAUGUCUACAAGAAGUGGACGUGUUCGCGCUAGUAUAGCGGAUACAAGCCCUUCUCGGAGAAGAAAAGUUGCAUCGCCAUCGCGAUCUCCCGCCAGAAACCGUAAAGAAUCUACAGAGCGUAUAACUCGCCAAUCACCUAGAAAGUCUCCCAGUCGUAAACCUACUUUGAAAUACCCAGCUCGUAAGUCUCCCUCAAGAACGGUUAAAGAGAAAGACGAAUCAGCUUUAAAGUCUCCCGCAAAGCGCGCACCAAUGCAGAAUGCAGAAGUUAAGUUGGAAGACUUCUCUGCUAAACUCGAAGUUAUUCGCAGUACGCGGUCCAAACGUAUUGAGUAUACUAUCAAAGAUAUCCCAAUAAAAUCAAUUGAAGAUGAUUUAAAUGGUAUUGAUAGCACGGACUUUAGUGAAUAUAGUUUAAGAGACCGCCGUUCUGUUGAUAUCGCUCCUAGACGAUCUAGUCGGCUUCGAGACUUUGUGGAAAAUGUACCAGACAUAAGAAGGAGUUUAAGUAAAUCCUUAAGCAAGUCAAUUAGCAAAAGUAUAGAUACAUAUUCCGAUGAUGAAUCUGAAUUGCUUAUUCGAAGAAAAUCAAUAUCUGUUGUAAGAAAAUUAUCUACACCUGUUCCAAGCACAGUCUCAUUAGCACAAGUUAAUAACAAAUUUGAGUUUGGUGGGGUAUUUGGUGCUAUAGCUUUGAUGUUUAUUAUUCCUCUAAUUGCAUUUGGGAUUUUAAGCUCAUGUACUAAAAUGUGUUAUCACAAUAUACAUUUGGAUUUAACUGAGUUUAAAAAUACAAUAUGGCUAACUGUGCCCUCAUUGGAGAUUAUUCUUGUUCAAAAUAUUUUACAAGCUGGUAUUCAUAUGUUACCGGUAUUUGGAAGCAAGCAAGUAGACGGUGUAGGUAAAAAGUUUUGCUUCAAUGCUCUUUUCGCAAGUAUUGUUACACAAAUCAUACUGUUUUCUCUGAAUUUCUAUAAAAUAUUUAAUAUUAAUACGAUCUUGGAGUCUCACUUACAGCUGGGAGUUGUAUCUUUUCUAAUAGCAUUGGUUUUGUCUGUGUUUCUUUAUUUAAAAGCCAUAAAUAUGAAUGAGAAUGAUUUGAAUCCAUAUGGAAACUCUAAAUAUGCAAUCUACAAUUUUUUUAUUGGUCGAGAAGUCUACCCACAGAUAAAGAAAUUUAAUAUAAAGUUAUGGACCUAUAGAGUGUGCAAUAUUACCACUCUUACACUACUGGUUCUUAUAUUAAAAGAGAGUUUUUAUGUUGAAGUGAAAAACCUUGAAAACAUAAGUUUGACUAAUUAUCAAGAAAUACUAAGCAAGGUGCAAUACAGGCCAACACUCGCUGUAUUCACAUUGAUGCAAAUAAUGUAUGCCCUAUACUUUGUUAUCUGCGAAUACAAGGUUAUAUCUACAUUUUACUGGCAAUAUGAGGGGCUGGGUUAUAUGCAGUUAACUGCAACUGCAUUAUACCCAUUUUAUUUUACAAGUAUAUCAAAAUACGUCGCAGACUCUGGAUUAAGUUUACGUACUAAUACUUUAAUAGCAGCAACUGCAUUAUUCUUAUUUGGAUUUGUCUUUAUGUAUAUGAGUAAUGACAUAAAGUACAGGUUCAGGAAAAAUCCACUAGACCCGACGACAGUCCAUCUCGACUCGAUGCCAACCUUUCACGGUAAGAAGAUUCUUCUCUCCAACUUGUGGGGCUUCGUGCGUCAUCCAAAUUAUUUGGGGGAUAUUAUUAUGCAUUUAGCUUUAGCUCUACCUGGCAUUUUGUCUUCUCGGCCCGUGGCUGCUCUUCCGGCUUUACUUCCAAUAGUCGUUUUGAUACAUCGAGCUUGGCGGGACCAUUGCAGAUGCAGGAGGCGUUACGGGGCCGCCUGGCAGAGAUACUGCAACCGAGUACCCUCCCUAUUAUUGCCUAAAAUACUCUAGUAUAUGUUAAUAGUAAAUAGAUAAUUAUUUUGUGUACUUUUAGUAGUCUUUGCAAAGUAUAUUUUUCAGGUCAUGCCUUUUAAAUUAAUCCGGGGCCAAAUCACAAACGAAAUGCUAACUAAUUAUUGAUCGACAUUUUUAGUAAUUAUUAUACAAAAAUGCCGAUCUAUAAUUUAAAUUUUUAGAUAAAGUAUAGAAAAAUAUUUUACAGAUUAUAUACAUUUAUAGUUAGUUUACAUUAAAUUGUGGUCUGUUAAAUUUAGAUUUUAUUUAAUAACGUAUAAAAAUAAUAUAGGUAUGAAUUAUAUUUGCCAUUUUGGUACCACCGGUUUUAGAUCUGGGUUUAUAUUAGUUUAAAUUUAUGUUUCGUAUGAUUUAGUGCGUAGUUAAUUAAAAUAUAAUGUGUAUGCAAAUAGACUAAUCAAUUUAUAAACUGGUAUUCCAUAUUCCGUGGUAAGGUCUCAUUCACGCGGAUGCUUAAAGCGAAAAGCACAGUUUUAUAAUCCUAACAUCAAAUAAAUAUAUUGAAAUAAAAUUAUUAAUUAUGACGAAUGAUAAUUACGACGUAGAUACAACAUUUUAUUUAUGAUAUUGUAUUAUUGUCUCAUUACUUAGCCUUACGGUACACGGAGUCGCCCAAUAUAAACUUAAUAAAAGCUACAAAAUUUGCUCCAAUAAUUAUUUAUUGCACCGGAAUAUUUGUGUUUUCUCAAGAUACAUAAUGACUCUGGGUAGCGACGAGUAUAGUUGCAAAUAAAUUAGUGCGGAUCGAUUGUCUAUAGUGAAUAAAAUUAUCAUUAGUUUUAAGGUUUGCUCAAAUGGUGUCUCACAAAUUUAAACAAAUACCUUGUUGUAUUUUAUUCUUAUGUAUUAUUAGAUAUAAGAAUUGACAAUUUGUGCCUCGUAAGCGCUUGAAAAGCAUGUAUUUUGAAUUAAUCUUAAUUUCGGUAAGACAGUUUUUAUACGGAUUUAUAUACUGAUAAUAUAAGUACUUAUAACGAUAGUAAUAUUUGUGAACAAUGCUCAUGUAGUUAAUAAAGUGUGUAAACAAAAAUAGAUGCCAAAGUCCACGUGAAAAUGGAGUACAAUUAAUUCAAAGUAUCUACGUAGUUUGAAAUUAAAGCAUUUCAGUUUUAGUUUACUAAUUAGAUUUUUAUGCAAUAUUAACUUUGUAAUGUUUAUGUAAUAGUGUGUUUAUUUCCAAUAAAAUAU